AUGUCAGAGAUGUCAAUAAAUGAGGAAGCCAAGGGUGCAGAAUCCAAUACAGCGGGUAUUGUCGAGAAGGAUACUGAUUCCCCUAUUUUAAAUAGCGCCCCUACAGAACUGAAUGAGGUGGCUGAUGAUUUGAAUUUAACUAUUGUGUCACCGGAGUCAGUCAAUAACUUAGACAAUGGAACUGCAUUUGAUAGACCUGAUAUUAUUGUUAGUAACUUGGACGAUAUAAACUCUGAGGUUAACAAUUCUGUAGCAAAUACUACUGAGGAACAAUCAGAUAAUAAUCAAGGUCAAAAUGGAGAAAAAGAGAAUGAACCAUCGUCCGACACUCUAAACAAAAUAGAGCCUGCGAAUUCACAAUCCCCAAUACUACCACCAAGAUCUCCUACAGGAGAAUCGCCAAUAUUACCUCCUAGAUCUCCUAUAACAACCAGGGCUGCACCAGACUUGCCAAAAAGGUCAAGUGAAUUAGAAACAGUUUCUCAACCUCCACAUUUACCAGAAAGACGCGAAGUUCCAUUGUACUCAGUUCCACCUCCAUUAUCGGAGGAAAUGAAAUCUGCAUCAUUCCGAAAGAAUGCUGCUGAAAUUGCAAGUAAAUCUAGAAGUAAUUCUAGGGUUAUGAGUCCCAUUGAUUCGGCUGCAGAGAUUAAUUUAAUAGCCAAUAGAUAUAGAGUGACGAGCCAUCAACUAUACGAUGAGCCUGAAUCAAAAAGAGAAAAUAUCGAAGAGGGUCAAAUUAUAUUGAAGUCGACAUAUAGUACAAUCCUAGAGCACGAGAAAGAAGAAGAGGAACCUUCUGAAUCAUAUACAGAAACUGGUGAUAUUGAAAAUAGAGAACUAUCUAAGGUGAAUUGGGAUUUCUGGACUAGUGUUGUCAAUGACUUUUCUUCUGUAGCUAACAAAGAAUCUAUUCAAUUAGAGACCGAGAUUACAAAGGGUAUUCCAAGACAAAUCAGAGGCAUCAUUUGGCAAUUAAUUGCCAAUUCCAAAUCCAAAGAAUUUGAAGAUAUUUUUAUUACUUUGCAAGGUACCGAAUCACCUCAUGAAUCGAGUAUCAAGAGAGAUUUAAAGAGAACCAAUUUCAUACCCCAAGAAAAAGUUGAUGCAUUAUUUAAUCUUUUAAAAGUUUAUUCGGUGUAUGAUCCGGAUGUUGGUUAUACCCAAGGAAUGGGAUUCAUCACAACGCCAUUAUUAUUGAAUUGUGAAACAGAUGCCGAUGCAUUUGGUUUAUUAAUCGUAUUAAUGAAAAACUAUGGUAUUCGUGAAUUCUUUUUACCUGAGAUGCCCGGGUUAAUGCUAUUGUUGUAUCAAUUCGAUAGAGUUCUCGAGGAGAACUCCCCAACGUUAUUUAAUCACCUGAAUAGGGAAGGUAUCAAAUCGUCAAUGUAUGCGACCCAAUGGUUCUUAACGUUUUUUGCUUAUAAAUUCCCAUUAGAGUUUGUAUUAAGGAUCUUUGAUAUAGUGUUAUUUGAAGGGUUUGAAUCCAUUUUAAAAUUUGCCAUUAAUUUAUUAUUGAAAAAUCAAGAGGUUAUUAUGAGUUUAAAAUUUGAGAAUUUACUAAAUUUCUUAAAGAAUGGAUUAUUUGAAUAUUAUUCCAAUUCGACUACGGAGACACUGCAGGGAGAACCUGCUCUUAUUUCUUCACAAACCACUGUAUCAACCACAAGCAACAACAACAACGUGGAGAGAAAUGUUUCCAUCGGUUAUGAAUACGAUGUUGAUUCAUUUGUGAGAGAUGCAAUGAAUGGUGUUCAUAUUACACCUAUUUCCUUACACCGUUAUGAAGCAGAAUAUCAAGAGGUUCAUCAAUUACAACAGGAGAAGGAAAUGCAAUAUGAAUUAUUUAGAAUCAAGAAUAAACAAUUACAAAAUGAAUCUAAGAAAUUACAUCAUGAAUAUGCAUUGCUAAACAAAGAGCAUAUUUCGAUAGCUAAUGAGUUGAUUGAGAAUCGAUUGAAGACUGAAACGUUAUUAGAUGAAAAUCAAGAUUUGAAAGUUACGAUGGAGAAAUUACAUUUACAAAUUCAAGAAGAAAAAGAGAAAGGGGAGAUCCCUAACCCUGAUUCGACGUUGCCUAUUAAUUUAAAGAAGGAUAUGGCUCGAACCAUCGAACGUAAUACUGAAGUGAUGAAUGAGAAUGAAAUGUUGCAAGAAAAGAUUAAAGAAUUGAAAUUACAUGUUAAAGAAUUGAAAUUAGAGAAUAAGAAUAGUAUUAAACAAAAUCAAGGAACAAGAGAGACACCUUCAACGCGACAUCAAAAUUUGGAUACAACAAAUACUACUGAGGAUGAGAUACCAGUUGCCACCGCAACGGAAAGUUCAGUACCUUCAUUAGGUGGUGGUUGGAAAGGUUUUAAAAAUGUUUUCAAAAAGGAAUAG